AUGUCAUCACACAAUCACCUUUUGGAAGACGCCAAGUGGGAUUUGAGGCAGGUGGAGAGAAAGGUGCAGAGGCAGAUGAGGCUGCCGGACCCGCACCUGCAGCAGCUCCGCGAGGAGCUGCCUGCAUCCUGCCUGCGCAGCCUGCCCCCGCGCCCCUGCUGCCUGCGCCCACCCCACUCCUGCCCCUGGGAGAGAAGGGCCCUCCCCCUUUUGGCUUUGAUGGAUGUGGAAGGUUUUGACCCCAAGGAAGUCACUGUAACAGUGAAAGACGGGAAGGUGAAGGUGUCAGCGGAGCACGAGGAGGAGCACACCACUGCAAGAGGGAAGGAGUAUAACUACAGAAACAUCACAAGGGAAAUCAGCCUGCCACCAAGGGUGAGUGAGGAUGAGGUGACCUACUCGCUGGAACCAAAUAGCAUCGUAAAGAUCGAAACAGUGUGCAAGUGCUACCCUUGUCUCCUGAGACGCUGA